AAAAUCUACUCGACUGUCGCUGUGCUCCUCGUUCGCCGCUUGUUAUUUCAGCUCAUUUCUAUUAAUCGCUGUUACAAGAAUAGUGGAAAAGCUGGGGCUACCGAAUCCGCAUCUGCAACGUUCCUUAGCUUCCGCCCUAUUCCGUCGCGUCUUCCGAGAAUCCAACAUUGGACCGCAUAACUUUUCGUCUCCCACUCGUCCACACUUAGAUCUGCGUAUGCAGCACCUACCACACUCGUCGCUGUCCUCGAUGGAUCGGCCCCAUCUUUCGGAUGAGCGUCAUCAGCACUUCAUCCAAUCUGACGUCGUAGCUGGCCCGAGUCAUUCAUCUCCGCAUCCUGUGAUGCUUGAGAAAUUCGAGGAGGGUUCUCCCCUCCGUAUCCGGAAAAAAGGAGGACGUGGCCCGGGAAAGAAGGAUAGUAAGGAAAAGACUGGUAUCUCUGUCCGAUGGGAAGAAGCUGACCUCACGGAUCGUCUCAUCAAUGCCCUACACAACAAUGACCUUUGGGCAGGCGUGUUCAUCGCCACCUCCACUGCUGAGCACUCGCGUGCAGUCAUUGGCAUGCCAAAAAGUGACUUACAACGGGAGAUUGCGCGAUAUCUCUUCCAAGACGACCCGCGUUUUGACCUGGACGACACGCGCACGAUUGACCUUCUGGGGACUAGUGUGAAAAACAAAGUAAAUAAGAUUCGAAAAUUGUAUAAUGAGUGCAAGGAAGAGCUUGGCCCUGCUGCGGAUACCCUGAACGACGAGCACGAUAUUCCCCCUGACUCAGACCUGUCGCGGAUAUGGGAGUGAAGGACAAACUCCCUCAAUUUCUCACUGUCAGAGACAUUAUGAACCGUCCUGUUGUUGCAGCGCCACCGGUGGACUUGUCCCCCUCACAGAAUCCUCUGGUCCA